GAGAGCGUUGCGAUUGAUAUAUCGUCCUCCUCAGGCACCCCACGAAAGUCAUCACUUAUAUCACGAGUCCACAAUUAUCUUGACACCACGCAGUCCAAUCAACCAUCCUGAAACGAACCAAAACAAUGUCAGAAGCCGCUGCCUCGGCGACAAAGUACCACGUUACUCCAGAGGAUGCACGAUCCUAUGUUGAGGGCGUCCUGCAGGCCAACGGCGUGCCCAUCGAGAACGCAGCCAUCGUCGCAAGAUGCCUUGUAGCAGCUGAUCUUAGAGGAGUUGAUACGCAUGGCGUCAAUCGCAUUCCUUCGUAUCUGGCCCGCAUUAGGGAAGGUGUGCUCGAUGCCAAAGCGCAGCCGACAUUGAACGAAGUCACUCCCGUGGUCGCCCAGGUUGAUGCCAACAAUUCGUUUGGCUUCGUUGCUGCUCAUAUGGGAAUGAGCAAAGCCAUUGAUAUGGCAAAAAUCUAUGGAAUCGGUAUGGUGAGCAUCAAGCACAGCAAUCACUUCGGCAUGUCUGCUUGGCUCGUUCAACAAGCCAUUGAUGCGGAUAUGAUGAGCUUGGUCUUCACCAACAGCUCUCCAGCGUUGCCUGUCUGGGGCGGUAAGACAAAACUCAUGGGAGUCAGCCCGAUUGCUUGUGGUGCACCAGGCGGCAAGGAGCGGCCUUUCAUCCUGGACAUGGCCCCAUCUGUCGCAGCCCGCGGAAAGAUAUACAAAGCGAAACGGCGUGGCGAAAAGAUUCCGCUCGACUGGGCGUUGGACGCCAAUGGCGAUCGUACGGACGACCCUACCCAAGCCUUAGAGGGUGUCAUGCUUCCUAUGGGAGGACCGAAAGGAUCCGGUCUCUCGAUUACAAUCGCGGCUAACAUAAGUUGUAGGAUGGACGUCUUUAGUGGUGUUCUGUCAGGAUCUGCUUUCGCUGGCCAUGUCACCAAUCCAUACGACCCUAGCAAACCUGCGGACGUCGGGCACUUUCUGGUCGCCAUCAAGCCGGACCUGUUCAUGACCUUGGACGAAUUCCGAUCCAGGAUGGACUAUCUGUAUCGGCGAGUGGUUGACUCGGAGAAAAUGGCGGGCGUCGAUACUAUCUACUAUCCUGGAGAGCUUGAGAUUCUCACAGAAGAGACUCGAAGGCGUACCGGUAUUCCCUAUGUCGAUGCUGAGAUCCAGGCACUGAACGCUGAAGCCGAAAAAGUCGGAGCCAAGCCAAUACGGAUCAGUGACCACAUGUAAUCCUUUUGAUCCGAGAAACGAUAUUGAUGAGUUGAGACAAUUCAUCACGGGACCACUUUCAGGCUCUUCAAUCAAUCGCUCGGGA